AUGUCCACUAAGAAAGCUGGAACUAGGAUUUAUGAUGAAGAUGAUGAUCUGCCUGUGUACCAUGGCGGCUCCAAGUCAGUAUGGGUGAAUAAGGAAAUCCGGGAGAAGCGGGAAGGAUGUGAGGCUAGAGCCCAGCCUGGUGUUCAGCGAGAAGAAACUAAAAGUGGACAGCAGAUGGGUCUCGUUGAGGGGCGGCAGCCGCCAAUUUUGAUGGAGACAGCGGUUGGGCAAGGUGGCGAGUUGGCCAAGACUAGGAGCCCUCGUGGAUUUGCUGUGAGGAAAUCCCCCCGGGUGAGCUUGCAUCGGAGCCGCGCUGGCCGUAACUCUCCGACGAGCUCGAUGAUGGAGGAACGGGCGACAGGCGGCAGGUCUCGUCCAGGUCAUCGUGUGGAUACCACGGGUGGACGAGGAGAUGGGAGGAAGGGGGGCCAGAUGCGGAGGGGCCAGGCCCAUGGGCCGAAUCGAUCUCGGCAGCUGGCUAGUGGCCCGCUGGAGCAGUGCAGCCCUGACGCCCAUGAUGCGCGGGGACUGGCCCAAGGCCAUGGGGGGCACGUGUCGGCCCAAGUUGUUGAAGCUACUGAUCGGGCCGGGAGCAAUGAGCCCACCCAACAGAUGACUGCCCGCAGACGUAUGCUGCUGCAGGAGGAAUCAGAGGAGGAGACUCCUCUCCCCAUGCCUAUCAUGCAGGCCAUGCACGUCGGUGUUGAGGGGAAGAAGGACUCCGAGAGUAGGCUGGAGAGGAAGGGAAGGGCUGUGUCCAAAUCCCAAAACGUGGCAGUGGUGUUGCCCUCUCCUCAGGCCGGUUUACGGCGUUUGCGCAAGGCUAGGAAGCAUGAUGGGAUUAAUGCACCAGCGGAGAAUAGCCGCAAUGGCCGCAAGCAGCAGCAAGGGGUGGCCCAUUCUCGACAAGGAAGAACGGCAAUGCCGCCGGUUGAGGAGGAGAAUUUAAUUGAUGUCCCGAUACGGGUAGUUGCCCUGCCUCACCGCCAGCAGCACCAGACCUCCCCACCGCUGUCUGGAAGGGAGGAUGUGUUUGGCCAGGAGGUGGACCCUUUUGCGGCAUCGUCGGAAGAGGAAGAAGAUCAAUGCUUUGAAAUCAGAAGUCGGGCCAAAGGGAAAGCAGCUGCUGUGGCGUCCUGCCUGAAUAAGAACCAUGUAAGGCAGGUGGUAGCGGCAUUUGAAGCAGGCGUGUCUCUGAAUCCGUCUGUUGAUGGGAAGAAGACUGGUAUGACUAUGAGUCCUAGAGCAGAUAAGCAGGGUGACUCCUCUCUGGCUUCUGAGCAGGAGAUGAUUUGGAAAUUGAAUCAGUAUGGGACCAACAUCCUAGAGCCGGGGAUCAGUGGUCGUAAGAGGGAUCUGCUUGAGGUGGAGGGGGUGGUGGAAGUACCUCCAAGUCCCAAGAAGCAAUUUAUUGAGGAAGCUCCUAUUGAUGACAAGGUGGAGGUAGCCAGCCAAAAUUGGCCCCCAGAAGUUAAAUGA